AUGAUGAGCAUCUAUUUGAGUCGAGCAUUUCCAAGAUCUAAUUCAAGUUUUUUCUUAUGUAGUGGAAAUGCCUUACAAUCUGAAGUUUUACGCUUAAGGGAAGAAAUGUUCUUGGUGGAUGCAGGACCUGGGACCCCCAGAAUUUGUAUGCAAGAUGAGCCUACCGGAGUGCCAAUCAACCGAGCCGCCAGGUUUGAGAAUAAGGUGGGAUCCCUGAAUGUAGUGGCCGGUGAAUCACUGAUCAAAAAGCAGAUUUUGGAGAGAUUCUUCAUCGAUGUAGUGGCCGGUGAAUCACUGAUCAAAGAGCGAGCAGCCGCCAGGUUUAAUGAUUUGGUGGGAUCCACAGAUGUAGUGGCUGGUGAACCGCUUCUUCUUCUUCCGCGAAGAUUCAGACAAAACCGAGCUUGGAUGGAACUGAACAAGAUUUGGCGAACGAAUACAAAGGUAAAGGGCUUUAUUAUUGCGAAAGUAAAAGGAGGUUAUUCAGUAGCCAUCGCGGGUUUCAUUACUUUUCUUCCAUUCCGUCCAAAAAUAAGAAAAAGGAUAUCGAAUGAUCGAUUCACCAUUGAGAGGAUUAACCCCAAAAGGACGAAUAUUGUGGUGUUCUAA